GCUACGCCAGCCACAAUCGUGCCCAUGCUCGGCUCUCAUCCUCGCCACCACCACCUUGCACAGUGAAUCGGAAGAUGGAGAUGGAUGUUAAGGGAGUUUCUCAGUGCCCGGAGCCCAUCCCCCACUCUCAGGGGGCUGGCGGAGGCUGUCAGCAGCCACCGCCGCCGCCGCCGCCGCCACCGCCGCCGCAGGAUGAGCAGCCUGGGGAAAGUGCGGCCGCCGGGGACAGCCACCCAGAGAAGAGACCAAACAGUGAGAAAGAAGACAAAAAGAGGACCUCGGCCAGCAAGACUUCAGGUGCUCCUUCCUACAGCAGAUGGUCCAGCUCACAGCCACAUCAGGAGGCUCUGCAAUGUUCCGGGCUUGAUGCAAUCAGCACAAUGCCAUCUGCAAACAACAGCAUCUGGAGGACAUCACCAUCUAUAGGGAAUCCCUCUUUGAUUUGGACUCUGCGCUGGACGUCCUCCAUGACAAUGAGAAGCCUGGGACGCGGGAGCCUGGGGACUUGCCCCAUUUCUGCAAUAGAAUAUUCUUCUAGUUCCACGGUGAGAACAUACCAAAACAGUAAAUCCAGAGUGACCAUGAGUCCCGGCUUCAGCUCUCAGUGGAACAGCAGCCAACCUGCUUGGAACAGCUAUACCUUUCCAAGAGCAAGCUUGCACUACCAAUCCCAUGCCAGCUACACCUACUGUGCUGGACACCCUGCCCAGCCCUAUGCACCAGCUCCCCACCCCAUGGCUCCUCCCAGCCCCAGCACAAACAGCAGCAACAACAGCAGCAGCAACAACAAUAGCGGAGAACAGUUGAGUAAAACCAACCUGUACAUUCGAGGCCUUCCACCCGGCACCACGGACCAGGACCUAAUCAAGCUGUGUCAGCCGUAUGGAAAAAUUGUUUCCACAAAGGCAAUUCUUGACAAAAACACAAAUCAAUGCAAAGGUUAUGGCUUUGUUGAUUUUGACAGCCCCGCGGCAGCCCAGAAAGCGGUGGCAUCUCUCAAGGCCAAUGGCGUUCAGGCACAGAUGGCCAAGCAACAAGAACAAGACCCCACAAACCUAUACAUCUCCAAUUUACCCAUUUCCAUGGACGAGCAGGAAUUGGAGAACAUGCUGAAACCCUUCGGCCAUGUCAUUUCCACCAGAAUAUUGAGAGAUGCCAAUGGAGUCAGCAGAGGUGUCGGAUUUGCCAGGAUGGAGUCAACUGAAAAAUGUGAAGUGGUAAUUCAACAUUUUAAUGGGAAAUAUCUGAAAACACCACCAGGAGUACCAGCCCCCACUGAGCCUUUGCUGUGUAAAUUCGCAGACGGAGGGCAGAAGAAGCGUCAGAAUCAAGGCAAAUACACACAGAAUGGAAGGCCGUGGCCAAGGGAAGGAGAGCCUGGCAUGGCGUUGACCUAUGACCCUACAGCUGCUAUACAGAAUGGAUUUUAUUCUUCACCAUACAGUAUUGCAACAAAUCGCAUGAUUCCACAGACAUCUAUCACGCCAUUCAUUGCUGCUUCCCCUGUGUCCACAUAUCAGGUCCAGAGCACUUCAUGGAUGCCUCACCCACCCUACGUUAUGCAGCCAACAGGUGCUGUGAUAACACCAACAAUGGACCACACUAUGUCAAUGCAGCCAGCAAGCAUGAUGGGCCCCCUGACGCAACAGAUGAACCAUCUUUCCUUGGGCACGACAGGAACGCGCCCUGGGACCAAGAACCAGUCACCCCACCCUAGUUAUGGCUCUGCAUAUAUGUAUGUGACUGCGGCUGCACCUAUGCAAGGGACCUACAUUCCCCAGUACACUCCUGUGCCUCCAACAGCCGUCCCUAUAGAAGGUGUUGUCGCUGAUACCUCUCCCCAGACAGUUGCACCUUCAUCACAGGAAGCCAGUGCCCAACAGCAGCAAAUAGCAGUGGAAACGUCCAGUGAACAUACACCUGCAUAUUCCUACCAACAGUCUAAACAAUAAACAGGACUGAAGAAUGUCGAUCUGAAAACUUUGCCUUGAAUGGACAAACUUCAUUGAACAAGGAGUUGGCUUCCAGUUUGCACAGGCGUCAACCGAAUGCUUUUUUUUUCAUUUUCUACUUUACCCAAUGAAAAAAAAAAACCCAAGUGUUUUUAUGUGCUGUGCAAAAGGUUCCGUCAUGUAGUCUGACAGUUUUAUUUUUGCUAUAAUUUUUUUUAAUUAAAGAAAAAACCCAGAGGGGGAAAAAAAAACACAAACACUGGGGGUUGACAUUUCAUCUGGAUGAACAUUCGGAUUCAGAAUUUACCUGAAGGUGUAGAUAGAUUUUUUUUUUUUUAAAAAAACAUCAAAUCUGAUGAUGUCAAGAGGGAGCGAGCUGAGAUGAAAACCUUGUCUUCCUCAAUAAUUAAGCUACUUUCUCUUUUUUCCCUUCUUUAACUCUAGUGCAUUUUUUUUAAUUUUUUUUCUUAGAAAUGUUUAGGUAAGGUUUAUCUUGAAUCUUAAUUGCCUUAAUUUUAAGGACGUCAGAGGCUCUCCAGGCAAGCUGUCCACGUCUUGUUAGAAAAAAAAAAAACGGAGAAGGAAAUUUGAAAAGACUGCUUUGAGCCAGCUUCAACUGGUGCAGAAGUUUAAUAGACUCUGAGUUUUUAGGGUGAAAAAAAUAAACUGUACAGUUGAAAAGAAAAUGUUUUUCUUCGUUUGAAGAAAAUUUGUUGAUAAAGGAACCGUGGCAACUGCAAGGAUUAGAAAAAAAUGCUGGGACUUUUCAUGAACUUUGUCUUAAGUGUUGACAGGAAUCAUUCUAGAAAGGAAAAGUGACUGACAGUAAAGUGAUUGACAUUGGUUCAAUCAAAUGGCUGCAUUCAAAAUGAUACGGGGUUUGGGGGGGGGCAGGAUGCAGAUUUUUUUUUAUUUCCAAGGCGUGAUCGCUGACAAAAGCCCUUGUGCUUUUUAUCUGCAGUCUUUUUUAUGAGCGUUAAGAAGUUUUUAGUCAGCUUUGCUUGUCACAUUGCAAAACCUAGCUUAAGAGCAUUAAAAAAAAAAAGAAAAAAAACUUAAGUAGAUAGGAGCUUAUGGUCAAAAAAAAAAGUGCAAAAAAAAAGCAAUAGAUAGAAGAAAUUGUUGACAAUUUCUGUAGUCUUUCCUAGUUGUGAUCAAAUGCAGCCUAUGGAUGGCCUAUUUUAUACCAAAGAUGAAGUGACAUCCUAACGCAGUCCAGAAGAUAGAGGUUUUCUUUUGUGUUCUUUUUUCUUUUUUUUCCUCUUCUUUAAAAAAAAAAUCUUUAUUUGACCUACAUGGCCGGACCAGUUCUUAUUUCAUGUUUGUUUAACCUAUAUUCCACUGGUGUUUUACAUACUGCAAAGUUUAUAAAGAAAAUUGCACAUUAGUUGGGCCUAGGAAGCCCAGACCUGUUGGGUUCAAAAAAGAAUCAGAGCAGGACAAGAUCCAAGCACCAACUAAUGUCACUGAAAAGGCUUUCAUUUUGCUGAGCUUUUCGCCUAUGUUCUUGUAUGGCGCAAUUCAUAGUGGGGGCCACCUCUAUUGGGAGGCAGUCGCCUAAAAGGCUGAAUUAUCUUUCUGUGCAUGUUGGACUAUAAACUCUUCUGGGGGGAAAAUACAUUUGAAAAGGUCACCUGUCCCCUUCCCCCUCCCUCCCUAAAUAAGUCUGUGGAAUGAUAGGUGGUCUCCUUAAAGAAUGUCUCAUUGUCUUUGUAAAGAAAGUCUUCCUUCUGAAUUCUGUCACCCCUUUGGUUCAUCUGCUCACCUCGUCCAGCAUGGAUAUCAACUUUGAUCCUGAAAUGGAGGGAAAAGGAAGGCAGGGUUGCCUUCCUUUUAAUUUGUUUUUCAUUGCAUCUUUGAAGGCUAUGGUUGCCAGAAAGAAAAGGGGAAAUUGGACUUUUUUUUCUCAAUUUAACUUUCCUGGGCAGGUAGGAAUAUUAAAAAUAAGGGUUUUUUUCCUAAUGGAAUUCUGGGUAAGCUCUUAAUAUGCUGGUUGACAAUCAAGAGUUAGUAUGAUUUUAAAAAAAAACAAAAACCAAAAGGACCCAGUCCUGGAGAUCAGUUAAGCCAAAGGAGUUGGUGGAUGCCCCAUUAGGUCCAAAAGUGAAUGCAGUUUCAUUAGCUGAGACACAAUUGUACAUGGUUCUUUUAAGACAUCCAUGGGAAAUUUGCAAUGUUUUGCCUGAAAUCCAGGGCAGUAAAACUUUGUUAAUUGAGAAGGGUUUGAGAGUAGUACUAUUUUCUGAAUGAAGCAUUGGGAUCAAAGAAUUAGUAAAAGACAUAAGUUACUGAGUCAAAGGAAUGAGGUAAUGAGAUCAUUUUGUAUUGCUGUGAAAAAGAAAAUACUAUUCAUUUAAAAGGAAAAAAAGUCAAUCAUAUCCCAAUGAAAUCCACUGAAAUAAAAGCUACGGUUCUGAAAUUGAUCUGAAGUUCUCAUGAAAGAAAUGCCUUUAAAACCCAAGGAAAAAUGAUUUCAAGUAAUGGCACUUUCCCAUAUCUUAAUUUUAAUUUUCAAUUUGGGGGAAAGAUCCCUCAAAUAAUUGGCUGUUAUAGUUCUAUUUAACACCAAUUCCAGAGAGAAGAACCUACUGCCUAUUGGUCCCUACUAUCAUAAAGCAUCCCCAUAGGUUAAGGGGGAGGAGGACUCUCUAGGUUUCCACUUCAUUUAUUGCCUUUUCUCUGGGGUUUGGGUUUUUUGUUUCGCUUCCCUUUUUUUUUUUUUUUUGGCAUUUUGUAGAUGGCACCAACUUGAGUUUUAUCAUUGCAGAGCUGCCCAUAGAGAGCUACAAAGAAUCCUUCAAACCAGCCUUAUUCAUUUCCCUCUUCCCAUUCUCCAAACUCCUUGUAUAAUUAUGGAUUCUCCCUGAGAAUAAGUGAGUUGAAUGGAAAACCACCAUAUUUUGUUCUAUUUCCUUAUAAAUCCCAAUGUGACACAAAGAAAAGUCUCAUUUGCUCUGGACAAUGAGGCUCCAAGGUAGCUACCAUGUGGCUAAUGAAUAUGCUGAGGUCACUUCCUGUUUCUAUUCAAAACCGUGCUGUUUAAUUUGUAUCUUUAAAAGUUGUUGGGGGAGGGGGGUUCUUUUGUUUUCCCCAGCAAUGAAAGUAAAAUAAUUCUGAUGUUUUUAUUAAGCCAAAAGGGGCAAAAGGAAAUCACCCCACCAAACGUUUUGACCACUGCCAUGUAUUUUGUGUUCAAAUUGUUUAAACGGUGCCACACUUUCAAAGAUCUCAUCUCAUACCAAAAAGAAAAGUGAAAAUAUUUCUUCUCUGUACAUGAGUUUGCUCACCCCUCUCUGUCCUCUGACCUAUGAAUUUUCUCAAGUGUCAAGCCAAGCCUGAAAAAUAGCAGAAUACACAGGUAAACAAUAGCAGGUUCUGAGCACACACCCUGUUUGAGAGGGGGAAACCCAGGAGCAAACCAAAGCAAAGCUGCCAUGUUUGCUUGGAAAUAGUGGUAAAUGGAAGGGACCCUGAUAUAGUAACAAACUAUAGUACAGAGAUAGAAAAAUUCUUUAAUACAAUUAUCUAAAAACAAAACCAAUGUCCUAUACAUUAUGGGUCAAUGAGAGUUUCUACGUUUGGCCUGCUUUUUCAAUUGUCCAAUUGGCCUUAUAUAUCAAGACCAGGAGAUUCCUGAUUGAAUGAUAAAGCUCCUUAAAGUGUUUGAGCAAGAGAGCCUGACCUUAAUAUAUGGGCACAAGCAAAAAUCAACAAACCAGACUCCAUUAAGUAUUUUUUGUCACAUCCACACUGUAGUCAGCAGUCAGCAGAACACAAAUGAGUAUUUUCUUUUCACAAAGAUGAGAGGUUGUCAGAGCGACAAUGUAUAUGAUGACUGGGAGUUUCUAAAUACCUCCUUAUGCCUUCUAAAAGAAACACAAGGUCACAGAAGGAUUAUAAGGGAAUUGAAUAUGCAAAUGAGUGCUGGUAACAGAGGCUGCCUCAGGACUCUUGGAACUCCUGAUUAUAUAUAAAAGAUGAAUAUACUCAUUAACUAAAGGAUUCCCAGACAGUCUGAUGCUAAAUUUGCUCAUGGUUUCUUGGUUCAUUGGCUAGAUUCUGUUUGUCUAGAAUGUUGGUGCCACUUCAUUAGAAUCCUUGCCAAGACUCCUGCAGGUAUGUAAAAAAUGAUUGCCCAUCUUGAGUAGCCCCCAUUUGAUGAAAUGUGCAUUUCAGGGGAACUUAAUUCAAUUUGGACACCCAGGCUAUAAUAUCUUCACGGUUUUUCAGUAGCUUAAAUGGAAUCAUUGGAACAGAUUAAAUGACUAACCAAACAAAGCUAGACAUAUGUUUUUAAAGAAAAAAAAAGUUUUGUUCUGAAGUGGACGUAUGAACCAAUACAGAAAAGGAGAGCUCUUCAGGAAAGAGAAACUCUUAAGCGAGUUUAAGUGUUAAAUGAUUUUUAUAUGCAUAAAAAUCAGAUGAAGGGAGAUUAUUUAUGUAUGUGUGUACCGAAAUGCAGCCCAUUUGAGGAAGCCUCCAUUGUAAUAAAGACUAUUUUUAAUAUGUCAUAGUAUUUUGACCUAGAGUAUGCUGUCUAUGGCAGGAAUGGAUGAAAUUUGGAUUCUUAUUUCAUAGUUAGCUAGUCCAGUCUUCAUCUGUUAAACUCAGUUGGGCUGGCAAGUUCUUACUGAAUAUUAAAGGAGGAGUUGGGUGACAAAACUUUCCCAGGCUCAUUGCUCCUGUCCUCCCAGUUGUCCAUCCUGCACCCAGACGGUAAUGAACUUAAUUUUAUCUAUCAAUCUGUCUGGAUGGUGACACCAGAUAUGGUUUUGGAAAAGACAUGGGUUUCAGUCAAUCUCAACUGACAUUUGUUGUCAAAAUUGUCCUUAAGGUAAAAUUGUUCCUAUUAUUGAGCUCUUGGUCAGGGAUGAUUUCAGUGGUUGAUCUAUUGUUCAUGGUACUUUGUGCAAUAAGAGUGCAGAAGUCUACCACCAAGCCCAGUGAGUGCUCACGAGCCCCCACUUAGUGCACCCACUCCCUCCCAUCAGGUUAAUGAUUUCUUUUGUUUUAACUUGAUGCUUAUACAUAGAUGCCACUGCCAAGGAUGGAUAACGUCAGCAAUGCCCUUUGAUUCCAUACCAUUCCUAAUUCAGCAAGUAGCAGUGAUAUAACACAGGAGGAAACCACUCUGAGUCCUCCAGAAAACAUCACCUCUAUGACAACCACCACUUCCCACAUCAAUUAGUCCACCCUGGUCUGCCCAGCCAUUGAUCACAUUCACUGCUGAGGCUUACUGCCAUGAUUUCUGAUUAUACAAAGGAAUCCAUUCAUCCUCAAUUACUUCCGUCCACCCUCGGGCAACUGUGCUGUUCAUUGUACUACCUCCAGGGAAUGGUGGAUAUUGAAACAGAAAGGAGGUAAAAAAUGAAAUCAGUCCAAUUUACUAUCAUCAAAUCAUCUGAUUACAUCUUAUGUUAACAUCUUUGGUUACAAUGAGGUAUAUUGGGUGUCUGUGGAUUUCACUUACCCAUCUUGUUCCCCAUUUACUACAGUUUUUGAAGAGUUAACUAUGGUCUUUGAAGAUGAUAAAUGGAAAAAAAAAACGGUGCUAAAAGCAUAAAUGUUGAUUUGGCUUCCCUCACUGUUGUGAUUUCUUGGGCAUCUCUAUACUUUUGACCAGGACAAAGAUGAAUCAGUUCGCUCAUUAGAGAGAAGAAUUUCAACUGUUGGGCAAAUCCACCUUCAAAUUUUAAAUCGCUGUUAAGAAUGUGCUUAGUUUCUGCACUUUGAAUGACAUUGCUUUCCUGUAUCAUGGCAGGAUGGUUUCUAUAUUCUGGUAGAUCUUAAUGAUGGCUUCAAAAAAUGAAAAUAAUACCCACUUUUUUCAGUUUUCAAGUUGGGCAUCUUCUCAGCUCCCUGGUAACAGAGUAUUGCUAAAGGUGCUUUGUCUCACAGUAGAAAAUGUUUUCAUUCUAAUUCUUUAGCAAAAAUUGGCUAGUUCCUAGGCACCAUGGAGGCACUUAGAAAAUGUAUCCCUAUUCAAAGGGAGGGGACAAAACAGCAAAACAGAACAACAAUCCUCUGUAUGCUAGCAAAUCUAUGGCUAAAAUUAGAACCAUAAAGCUGAGGACAAGCAAACAAAAAACCUGCUUGAUGUUGUGUUGAUGAAAAUUUAGCUUCUAUUAGAAUGGGACAUGGCUUAUUUGAAGAAUCUUUGCCAACCUCAUGGUAACCAAACCCUAGACCCUUGCACCUCUGAAUGCCAUUCAGUUAACAACCUAAUUUAUCAAAGAGCAUUUUUGUCCUGCUGUCUCUGAUUGUCAUGGAAAGUUCUGUAAUGCUAAGGUGUUUCAGGUUUUCUUUUUUCUUUUUUUUUUAAAUUUUCUUACUUUAUUUUUCCAUUUGUACCACAGUCCAACUAGCUACCAUUUCCCCCACUCCUUGGGCUUUCUGUAGAUCAGUGGAUGUUAGGUUUAAACUUCUGUUUUCUUUGAUGAAGCUUUCAAUAAAAAAUGAAAACAAAA